UAGAGUUGUGAGCGGAGGAGAGCAGACAGGUAGGGAAGAAGAAGAAGAAGGAGCGUCUGAUGUUAGAUCAGCUCCGGACCAAUCAUCUGACCCAGUAAAAGCCCACAGACAAACAUCACAGCAACAUUAUUCAACCACAGAAAGAUGAAGCUUCUUCUGAAGAGAAAAUCACCCUGGUUUACUUAAGUCACCUACUGGAGUGUGUUUCUGAAAGCUUUAGAGGCCAGAGGCCAGUCCUUGAAGACCCUACAGGACAUCAGCUUGAGACUAACAGUGAUGGGUUUACAGGGUCAAAGACUGGCCUGGACCUUGCUUCCAGUGCUCCUGCUGGGAGUGACCUGCUCAUCACAUGGUUCCCUUGUUAAAGUCAACAAGGGCUUAAAGGUGAAACGGGGUCAAUCAGCCUACCUCCAGGAGAGUGACCUGCAGUUCCAUAUUCCCCAUCAGAAGGAUGCGUGCAAGCUGGAGGUGGUGUUAAAUGAGCCCAUAACUCAACGAGUAGGAAAACUCAUGCCUCAGGUAUUUGACUGCCACUAUCUGGCUGAUACGGUAAAGUACAUCCAUAACGGCUGUCCAUUGUUAAAGGAGGACACUGUCAAGCUUCGACUGUACAGGUUCACAGAGACAGAGACAUACAUGGAGGUGUUUUCUUUCCAUGUCGACAUUAUGGAACCUGAAUGCAGCAUCAUAAAGCUGGGGCCCAAAGCCCUGGAGGUUCCUGAAUUCUACGGCCUCUCUGGUGCUGUGGAUGGCAACGUGGUGUCCUUCCACUAUGAGCGGAAGUCAAGCCUGGAGUGUAGCAUCCAUCUGAGUAGCCAUGACACCCACCUGCCAGCCCACGGCCAGCUGGUCACUGGAGAGCCAGAGAAAGCUAUGACAAGAGGGGAUGAGCCAGAAAGCUUUAUCCACCUACGCCAGCAGCUAGAUAAUAAAGCCAGAGCAAUGUGUAAAUCCGAAGACUGCCUGAGGGGUCUGAAGCUGGUGAAGUUCACCAAAAUUCCCUGUGAUGACUUCUUGGUGAUGGGACUGAGGUAUCAGCACAUAGACCCUCCAUCUCCAGACAUAGACUACAUCGCAAUCCGACUGGAUCUCAAGGACACCAGGAGUGGCAGCAUGUAUCAGUCUGAACAGGCCUGGAUUCCAGUGCGGAUAGUCGAUGCAAUGCCCAACCAGCCACCCAAACCAUCCUUCAUGUCCAUGUUUAUCCUGGAGGUGGACCAGUUCAUCCUCACUCCACUCUCCACCGCUACACUAGACACUGAAGAUGAGGAAACUCCAAAACAGCUCUUGGUUUUCAACAUCACCAAACCGCCUGCAGAUGGCUUCAUCACCCAUCUGUCCGAUCAUACUCGCCCAGUCUCCUCCUUUACAUGGCUCGAUCUCAAUGACAUGCUCAUUGGGUACCAACCUCCAAAUUCCUCACAUACCCAACGCAGGAAUUAUGAGGUGGAAUUUGAGGUUCAUGAUUUUUUCUUUGAGAAGAGCCCAUCAAUGACUGUCCACAUGUCUGUGAGGAAUGCAGACACGAAUGCACCCAGGGUGUCUUGGAACAUGGGUCUCAGUCUGUUAGAGGGUCAGUCUCGGCCAAUAGUGUGGGAGCAGCUCCAGAUUGUGGACAAUGACAACCUGAAUGCUGUUCGUAUCAUCACUGUGGAUGGCCUGCAGCAUGGACGGCUCACUGUCAGAGGUGGAAAGGGCUUCAUGUUUACUGUCAAUGACAUCAAAGCGGGCAUGGUUCGCUAUCACCAUGAUGACAGUGACUCCACCAAAGACUUUAUCAUCUUCCGCAUUACUGACGGCCGCCAUCAGACUCGACAUAAGUUCCCCAUCAAGAUCCUGCCUAAGGACGACAGCCCGCCGUUCCUCAUCACCAAUAUGCUGCUGGAGGUGUCUGAGGGCCAGAUGACUUUACUGAGAGGCUCCACCCUCCAGGCUUCAGACAUGGACUCCAGCAAUGACUACAUCCUCUUUAACAUCACCCGCCCUCCACAGGCAGGAGAGGUCAUGAAGAUGCCAACAUCAGGGCUCACAGGUUAUCCUGUCAGCCACUUUCUGCAGAAAGACCUGUCGCAGUCCAUGGUUUACUAUCGACACCUAGGAAACAAAGUGUUUGAUGACUCCUUUGAGGUGGUGCUGUCAGAUUUCCAUGACCCUCCCAACUUGUCAGAGCCUCAAGUGGUGAUGGUGCACAUAGACCCUGUUCCAGACCAACCACCUAAAGAGGUUCCUGGUUCCAGUAGGUGUCUUGUGAUCAAAGAAACAGAAGUGGUACAUAUAACACGGCAACAGCUUCACUUCGUAGACCAGGAGUCCCCAGACAGUGAACUUACAUAUACAGUUACUACUCCACCUUUCUACACUGGUCUCCACAGCAGUCCUGAUGCUGGCAGGUUGUUCUUAGUCGACAGCAUACCCAAAUUCACCAAAGACACCAACGCGCCAGUGCUGAGACUCUUCACACAGCAUGCAGUGAACUUCAUGAAGGUAGCCUACAUGCCUCCAGUCAUGGACAUCGGCCCUUACCCCCAGUAUAUCCAGUUUGUUCUCUCUGUAACCAACCACCUGGGCAAGACAGUCACUGGGAUCUGCUUUAACAUAACAGUAAUGCCAGUGGACAACCAGCCACCACAGGUUUUUACCAAUCAUCUGACUGUGGAUGAGGGAGGGGAGUGCACGCUUGGCCCUGAACACUUGCUGCUGUCAGACGUGGACUCCAAGGAAGAAGCCUUGUGGAUGGAGCUUCAGAGGGAACCACAGCAUGGAGCUCUGCAGCUAGAUGGCCUCCCACUGAAACCAGGCCACACUUUCACUGCGCAAGACCUGAAAAGCCUUAAAGUUAGGUACAAUCACGACAGCUCAGAAACCAUAGAGGACAACAUUGAAUUCAUUGCAACAGAUGGCACCAAUUCCGUCAGUUUUGUCCUGCAAGUGAAGGUGAUGCCUAUCAACGAUGAAGUCCCUGUGUUGGUUGCUGGUUUAAAACCAGUUCUCAGCUGUGCAGAGGGACAGGAAAUAGUCAUCACGGCUGAGUAUAUCUAUGCGACUGAUGCUGACAGCGACAACAGCAGUCUGGCCUUCCUGAUAGCGCGGCAGCCAUAUCAUGGUGUGGUGCUCCGAAACUCAGUUGUAGUGGAUCGCUUCAUCCAGGCAGACAUCACUGCAGGGAUCAUCACCUACAAACACACAGGACUAGAGAUCGGACUCACUCCUCGCCAUGACACCAUCACCUUUGUUAUUUCUGACGGAGAAACAGAAAACUCUCCUCUAUGCUGUGUUGAAGAAAAUCCCUUCAGGACCAGAGACAUGACUCGGCUUCGGGACAGUCUGCCUGUGUAUGACCUCCACAUCACAGUGUUUCCAGUCGACAGCCAACCACCUUCUCUAACAACAGGAGACAUCUUUACGGUGGAUGAAGGUGGGUCUGCCCCAAUCACUGCAUCUCAUUUGAAGGCCUCAGACGUGGACACUGUCCUGGACAAACUGGUGGUCAGUCUGAUAUCUCCACCCCAGUUUGGCUAUAUUGAAAAUGUCCUGCCCAGUCCUGGCUUUGAGAAAAGCAACACAGGCAUAAGCAUAGCUUCCUUUUCAUACAAAGACAUCAUUGACAGUCAUGUGAACUACGUCCAGUCCAGACACCAGAGGAUGGAGCCCACAGCUGAUCAGUUCAUGCUCUGUGUAUCAGACGGCAAACGAAACUCUGCUCAUGUUCCCUUCUACAUUAUUAUUAACCCGACAAAUGAUGAGAUCCCACAGUUUGUGACUCGAAACAUCACAGUACAAGAAGGAGAAAUGAAGCAGCUGGACUCAUCAGUUCUACAUGCGAUGGAUCUGGAUGUCCCCAAGAACAACCUGCUCUUCAGUGUGGUCAAAGCUCCGCAGCAUGGCAGCAUCAUCAGCCACAGCAGUGAAACACCAGUCCACACAAGACGAGAGGCCAGUCCUCAAUCCCCUGUGGCCGACUUUACAAUGACAGAUCUUUCAAAUGGUAUGGAUCUGAUGUACAUGCACGAUGACUCAGAGAAUAUGGAAGACAGUUUUACAAUCCAGUUGUCUGAUGGCAUGCACCAACUCCAGAGACAAGUGAUGGUGAAAGUGCUGCCAGUCAAUGAUGAGGAGCCUCAUGUCAUCAGAAACAAUGGACUGCAGGUGGAGCCAGGAGAAGUCAGGCUCAUCUCCAGUGUUACACUGUUUGCACAGGACAGUGACACUCCUUCCUCAGAGGUCAUGUACAUGUUUGAGACUGUUCCUACACAAGGACUUCUCCAGCUUAAGGAAGCUCAGGACUGGGUGACACUGACAGUGGGGAGAAACUGCACCCAGGAGAUGGUGGACCUGAACCUUCUGCGCUACGUGCACACGGGUCAACACGGUGCUAAAACACAGGACUUUUUUGUCUUCUACUUGUUAGAUGGAAAGAAUCAAUCACCCCCACAGCACUUCUACAUCUCUGUCAAAGAUCUGGAGAAAGGAAACAUUGCCCUUUUUGUGAAGCCAGUGAACGUGAGCCGUGGAGAUCGUGUGGUUCUCACAACAGAUGUGCUGCUGGCCACAGAUGGCACGGAAAAGCCAGAAGAGCUUCUGUUUAUCAUCAUCAGCCCUCCUGCUCACGGACACAUAGAGUACAUUAAACAUCCUGGACUGGCCAUCUCAACCUUCAGCCAGAUGGACAUAGCAGCCAACCUUGUGGCUUAUGUGCAUGACAACCGAGCAGUCGCACCCAAAGAAAGCAUUCAGUUUGUUGUGAGUAAUGGUAAAAGCAGCCGAAAUGGAAGCUUUGAGAUUGCCGUGGAAAUGGUGGAUCGCGUCCUGCCCUUUCUGUCCUCCAAUAAAGGCCUCUCAGUCCCACAAGGCUCCACCAUGAUCCUGGGUCCUGACUGUCUGCUCAUGUCCGACCCUGACACUCCACCAAGCGCCCUGACCUUCGUCCUUCUCCAGCCUCCACAGUAUGGCAGGCUGCUUUUAGGCGGUAACACACUGACUGCUGGCUCAACCUUCACCCAGAAAGACAUACAAGAGUUGGACAUAACAUAUAAACAUGAUGGGGGACCAUCACAGAUCGACAGAUUUGCCUUUACUGCCUCUGAUAGCACCAAUCGGGGUUUCCUGCUGGAUGGGCAGUUACAAACAGAACCUAUGUUCUUCACCAUUCAGAUCAAGCCUUUGGAUAAGUCAUGUCCUGAGGUAGUGAAACUGCUUCCUCUUUGGAAAGCAGAGCGUUUAGGUGACGGACGAUACGGGAUCUUUUUGUCAUCUCGUGAGCUGAAGGCCCAAGACAGUGAUAGCAGAGAAGAGGAGCUGAUAUUCUGCAUUGUCCGCCAGCCCUACUUUGGCUACCUAGAAAACAUCACUACAGGUGGUUUUGUACCACAGCACUUCUCUCAGAUGGAGCUAAACAAGAGAACUAUUGCCUACAUCAUCAACCCAGACAGGGAGUCUCUGUCAGACAGCCUGGAAUUCACAGUGUCUGAUCCUUUGGGGAACAGUGGGCCUGCUCACAGACUAGAAUUCAACUGGUCCAGCGUGGAGCUGUCUCAGCCUGAGUACUCUGUGUGUGAGGAGCAGGGAACAAUCUCGCUAGACAUCAUCCGAAGAGGAAACCUGGCAGAGUCUGCAUAUAUCACUGUCAAGGUGCAGGACGUGACAACGACAGCUGGAAAAGACUUCCUCAUAAACCCUUCUUUUCUCAUUCAGUUUGAUCCAGGAGUGUCAAAGAGGAGCUGGCAAAUUGAGAUCAUUCAGGAUCACCUUGAGGAGGCUGAGGAGAUGUUUGAAGUGCUGCUGGUCUCCCCUGAAGGCAUGGUGAUCGGUAGCAUCAACAAGGCUGAGGUCACCAUCACGGACUCUGGUGGAGGAGAGCACAGGCUGAAAGAGAAUCGGGAGGCUCCUGUCCUUGGAGGAAAAGAGAUCCGGUCAGACACGUACCCCCAGCAUGGAUCCAUUCAACUAGAGAAACUGCCCCUUGGUACUGAAUCAGUAAUCUGGACCCGUGGAGACAGCAUCUCCAGACCUAAAGCAGAUGUCCCAAAAAAGAAAAUCAAAGUUGUAGGCAACCCAAAGCCUAUUGCACCUUCAUCGGUUUUUCACAACGGGACAGACAUUGUUUACACGUAUCACGGCAUCAUGCAAAUGCAAGUCGAGGACGACACCUCCCCAUCGAGGAAGAGCAGAAAGGCAAACGUCAAAGUGGUUAGCAGGGGAGCACAGCAGCAGGUGUCAGCUGUGUUUACUAAGUCAAAGUCACAUCCUCAAAGAAAGAUGUCAAAACCUCAAAAAACAGCACAGACUAAAGGUCUUGUUACAGCUGAUAACUCCAUACCCAAGCCCUGUGUGCCAGAACUGAUGGGACUGCUGCAUUUCAACCAGACCACCAAUCAGCUCUUUCACUGCAACGGUGUCUCCUGGAAACCCUGGGCACCAACUGACCAGAUGGUGAGUGCUCAGAUGUGUCCUCAGGGUUGGACCUUUCAUCGUGGCUACUGUUACACCCUCAGCACUGAGCACAAGGUGUCAUGGAGCACAGCUAAUAGGGCCUGCAGGGAGAGAUAUAAAGGCACUCUAGCAAGUGUUCUCUCUAAAGUGGACAUGGACUGGCUGUGGGACUUCAGUGGAAGAAAACCAUUUUGGAUAGGCCUGAAUGACAGGGACGGCCGAGGAUACUGGGAGUGGGCAGGCGGUGAGUCGGUCAGCUACACUAACUGGAGAAAGACGCCCCCUCGGUCCAAAAUGAAGGGAAGCAAAAAGUGUGUCCUGGUAUGGAGAAGAGCAAAGUGGCAAAUCAGGGACUGCAAAACGAGCAGAGGUCAUUGCUUUGUGUGUUCAAUCAGAACUUGAAUUAGAAAGACAGUGUAUGGAGCAUCACAGCCAUGAGCCACUGUGUUCUCUCAGUAGGAGGAAGGACUGAUCCUCGGGACAUUUAAUCUGCAGUACCAGAAAACAUCUAAUAAGGAUCAAAGGGAACUUUGCUGGAACUAUUUAUAUCAUUUAUAAUGAGCUUAGUGACAAUUAUUGUGCCUAAAAAGUAACUUGCAACACUAAGUGGCAUUGUUUACACUGCAUUUAUACUAAUUAACCACUAAAAGUGUUGUUGUAUAUGUAAAGCUCACAAGAGAUUUUUUCAAAUGUAUUUAGUGUAUUUGCCUUUUUUCCAACGGAACCAAGCUGGAUUACCAACAGGGUCUCUUGUCCACCAGGGGCCCUGAAAGCCCCAGAUUCACUGUGUACUCACUGUACAAAUAAUUUAGUGAAUCUAUUUGUUGAUAUUGUUCUUUGUGCAAAUUUCCUACAGGUCAUGCAACAUUACCUGAGGCAGUCUAUGUCCAAAUCUGGAAUGCAGGCUUUUAUUAUUUAGAUGUAUAUUGUGUUUGCAUUGUGCAUAUUCCUAAAUUAAUUUGUGUUUAAUCAGAUUACAACGACCUAACUGACACAACCUUCCAGCAAAAGAGUAUUGUCUGGUUUCCAUGUCUACAGGCAAAAUAUAGUGAAAAUGCUA